AUGUGGCAUUUUUUUGCCCAUCCGCCAGAACAUCCCAAGGAUGACUCUCAGGAGCCCCUUUGCGAACAGGGUCAUGCUUCUGAACAAAUGAACCGCAAUCUACGUCAAAACCUUACUGCCUCAUACUCCCGGCCAAUUUGCAGGGUAGCUGGUGCUCUAUUUGCUUUAAUCACUCUUAUGAUUAUCGGAUACCGGCUUUUUGAAAGCAAGGACGGGACGGUAUACAGCUGCGGGACGACACCAGAAGAAGCAGUAGAAAGGGACUGCCAAUUUGACAUGCUGUCUUUCGCGUGGGUGCCUAAGCCCUGUUUCGACGCCGAUUUGAGCAGCACCUAUAAUGUCUAUGAGGCUUUUGAAUUCUUCUACCACCGAGAGAAAUCUGACAAGAUUCCCGUGGAGGAGUUGAGAAAGGGCAUUAACAAGCAGGUAUAUACAUCCGGACGAUAUCAUCGAACACAUUGCACAUAUGCUUGGAAGAUAUUGCAACGGGCGGUGUUACAGGGAUAUCAUCUUAGCGACAACAAGACUUUGAGCCCAGAGCAUUACGACCAUUGCUCGUACUACUUGGUCGACGUCGACCAUAGCUACCGGGCGCGGUUUACAAUGGAAUACCUGCAUUGCCAAGCAAUACCGAGCCAGCGUGGAUUGCCAUUCUGGUGA